AUGCUGGAGCUAGAGGAAAGGUUACUCAGAGCUGAGACUGGCACCCCACCACUAGCGCAGAAUCCACUCUUUGCGGCACGACCUGGUCCAUUUACCGCCAGAAUUUUGCAAACCGUCAGACCCACAUAUGCUAAAACACCCAAGAUAGCCCAAUUUGGCGGAUCAAUAGAUCCAUUCGUACACAUGGACACUUUCAAGAAGGUGACAAGUAACAAUGGAUUUGAGGACGCAACGCUUUGUCACCUAUUCAGCGAAAAGUUGGAUGGCGAGGCAAUGAGUUGGUUUUUCGAGUGCCCUCGAGGUUCCAUGGACUCAUUCUCGGCUCUAUCAAAUGCUUUUCUGUCAAGAUUCAUCCUCAUGACGGACGGCUACCACAACUUUAUCCAAUUAUUCAGUAUCAGCCAGGGUAUUGACGAGUCGUUAAAAUCAUUUGUAAUAAGGUGGAGGAUCGCCACAUCAAGAAGUCGGGAUCUUGACAAAACAAUGGCGCUGGCGGCCUUCAAGCAACGACUUCACAAGGCAAGUUUUCUAUACCACCUUAAUUGUAAUUGUCCAAAUGCUACAUAUGACUACGUCAAGAAUGAGGCUGUCCUGCAUGCCCAAGCCGAAUACAACACUUAUGGCGCCACACCACCACAAACUCUACUUAAAAACCCCCAACCCGCCACACUCCAACAUGGAAGCACCACCACAACCCCAAACAUAACCACACCACCCAAUGACAAAAAAAGGGAAUGGCAGCAGGGUAAUUACCAGGACAAGCAGCAAAAGGAUCAGCAGUAUCAUAACAAGGGCAACAGAUCUUUUCACAAUGAUCGCCGCGACAAUCGCAACAACCGCCACAAUAAGCCCGCCACAAAUGCCCAUAAAUUUGAGGUAUUUACAGUCUUAACUGCUUCAUAUGAAGAAAUAUAUGAUCAGUGCAAAGAUCAAAUCCCACCACCACCCCCAAGAAAAUACCCCAGAGUAGGAGAACCUAGAAACACCGGCAAAUGGUGCAAACACCAUGAAGAUAGCAGUUACAACACUAACGACUGCAAUGCACUCAAGACUGCAAUUGAGUCAUUAUACCGUGACGGAAAACUGGAGCAGUAUAAGGUCCAUCAAUGA